AUGUUCGGCGUCUCAGCCAUUUUAGCUUGUCAUAUGUAUGGGUCUAUAGAUGCUGUCAACGAAAACAAAGCAAUCAAGUCAUCUCAUGCGGCAGCUCAAGCACCGAGCAUAGCAGAUCAUCAAAAACAUGCAAAUCAACAUGAUGGUGUUGAUGGCGCGUCAAUAUCAAGCCAUUUGGAAGCAAAUUCGCGGGAUGACCCUAUUGGCAAUCGAAAUAGAAAGUUUACUGAUGUGCUUAUGAUUUUUGGUUUGGGAUAA